UACGGCUUCAAAAUUUCACACGACUUGCAGUAUCAUAUGGAAUUCGAAAAAGUAAACAACACGAGUAAAACCCAGACAGUUGAACCUCUGAAACUAAUCAAUGAUUUCCUGACGAAACAGGUGAAGAGACGAUUUAAACUCCAAAUAUGCUGCGCGUGCCUCGGAACGCCCUUUCUCCAUGGAUUGAGAGUCUCAUCCAGAGUUAUGGCAGUGAGGAGGGGAGCAACGGUGGGCGACUGAAAGCUCAUGUUACCUCUGUGGGGCAGAUGUCUCAGUCUCAGGCCCGGAACUCGGAAGGCCCCACGGGGCUGCUCUUCCUAUCUGAUGGCGUAGUGCAGAUGCCUGCCAUUCUCACCUCAUCAGCGUGGGAGCAUCUUCAGGAGCAGGAGGACAAAGAAUGUUUCACCAGUCUGCUCAAUACCACCGUGUGUGUUCGAGACUACCGACUGCAGUUUCAUAUGGCCACGGAACCGACGAGAUGCAGGUUCUUCUUGUCAGUUGGAGAGAUGCUAACCACUGCGGCUGGCCGAGCCAAAGACAACACACCCUGCUGCACCUCUUCGCUCUCUGUCCAGCAGAAAAUCUAUGAGACAUGGAGAACGCUGUUGGUCCGAGAGAUGCAGGACUCUCCAAAAAGCCACAAUGACUUUGACCUGUCUGAUCUAUUAGGGGAGUGGCAGCGCGACAGUUUGCAAACCGUACUUGAGGAUGUGCGGGAGAGACUGAUGGUGGCGAGGAGUGCAAGUCUGCAGCCUUUCACAUCCACUGCCGUUGCAUCGGUGAAUCAACUGGACAUGUUCACUCCCACUGGCUGGGACAAAGAACGGGCUGCAGAUAACGGCACGGGAUGUUUCAGCAUCCCGAUAAAGUGUCUCCUCAUUCCAGAAGGAUAUGCUAUGCAGGGGCAAAAAGCAAAUGCCGAUAUAUUGACAACAGAUGGGGACAGGGAGUUAAAUUUUCAACUUUCGGAGAGCACUGUUAAUACUGAAGGCUGCCAAACAGCUGAGUUGACCGAGGGAGUGGGGGAAACCCAAAACUAUGUCGAUAACAUCUUGCAUCAUGACAACAUACAUGUAAAUUUGACUAAUAAGGACCUCACAGCUUCGGCGAAACCAUGGGAAAUGUUUCUUCCACCACGAUGUUUCUCUUUCUCAGAUGGGUCCCAAGAAGCCAUUGCAGUACAGUCUAUUCAGUUCCACCGACAAAACUGUCACGUGAACAGAACCAGUACCCAACUUCCUAUUACGAGCACGCAACCUGAGGAUUUACAACACAGCAAAGGGAACCACACCUCCUUACCGCCGUAUCAAAAACUGCCACUCUCAUUUGGCGGCAGUGACACAGCAACACCGAAUAGUCAAAUGCCUCCCCAAGACAAACCGACUUUGAUUGAGAAUGUUGACAUGCAACAAAUAACUGUAGGGAGACAAUAUAGAACGACAAUGAGAAAAAGGGAUCUGGAGUGUGUGCAAGAAGAGCGAACUACAGUCGCGGUGGAGGAGGAUCAGAAAAGUGGGAGCCCCCCGUCGUGGCUCUUUGACUCUGGGACAGGUUCUGGCACUGUUGGAGGUAGCAUUGACAUUCAAACUUUGGCUACUGAACAAGGAAAAACUACUGUUCACACCGAUAGUGUGCCGUUCUCAUACACUUACAAUGUAUCUGGGCAGAAUCUCCACGACUUUAACCGGUUCACAGUGGAAGAAUCGCUGCUGUCCUGGGCUGUCAAAUAUCUUGUCCUUCCAAAGAAGACAACACAUCUGUAACAUCUCCUCAGACAUCCUCUGACUGGACUAUCUA